AGCAGGAGGAGCCCGCAAGAGAAGCGGAGGAGGAGGAGCGCAUCCCCGACGGAGGGGACGCAGCAUAGCAGCCAAGCCAAGCCAAGCCAGCCCCGCGCCCUCCAGGGCUUCGCUUGCCUGCCUUAGGACCCCUGGGCCAGUUCCCCUCGGGCCUUCUUCCACCUUCGUCGGAAGGAGGAUGCUGCUGGCUCGGCCCCGCUCCAGGACGGCCUUGGCUUCCCUUGGGGGCCCCCGACGGGCUUCUCAGGGACCCCCUUCCCGGGGCUCUGCCUUCCAGCCUUGGCUCUUGCUGCUGCUGCUGAGCCUCAGGCCGCCGCCGGUGGAGACUUCGUGGUGGUACAUUGGGGCUCUGGGAGCAAGGGUGAUCUGUGACAACAUCCCUGGACUGGUCAACAAGCAGCGACAGUUGUGCCAAAGUUAUCCUGACAUUAUGCAGUCUGUAGGGGAUGGCGCCAAGGAAUGGAUUCGGGAAUGCCAGCACCAGUUCCGUCACCACCGCUGGAACUGCAGCACUUUGGACAGGGACCACACAGUCUUUGGAAGAGUCAUGCUUCGUAGUAGCAGGGAAGCAGCCUUUGUCUAUGCCAUCUCCUCUGCUGGAGUUGUCUAUGCAAUCACUCGAGCUUGCAGCCAAGGCGAGCUAAAGUCCUGCAGCUGUGACCCCCACAAGCGGGGCCGCUCUAAGGAUGAAAGAGGGGAGUUUGACUGGGGAGGCUGCAGUGACAAUAUCAACUAUGGGAUUAAGUUUGCCAAGGACUUUGUGGAUGCCAAAGAGAAAACAGUGAAAGAUGCCCGGGCCCUGAUGAAUCUGCAUAACAAUCGCUGUGGUAGAACGGCUGUGAAGCGUUUCCUGAAACUAGAGUGCAAGUGUCAUGGCGUCAGUGGCUCCUGCACCUUAAGGACCUGCUGGCUGGCUAUGUCGGACUUUCGCAAAACAGGAGAUUACCUUCGGAAGAAAUACAAUGGUGCCAUCCAGGUAACCAUGAACCAAGAUGGCACUGGAUUUACUGUGGCCAAUAAGAACUUUCGAAAACCCACAAAAACCGACCUUGUAUAUUUUGAGAACUCGCCUGAUUACUGUGUGAUGGACAAGUCUGCAGGAUCAUUAGGGACAGCUGGACGAGUGUGCAACAAGGUAUCACGUGGGACUGAUGGAUGUGAGGUUAUGUGCUGUGGUCGAGGUUAUGACACCACCCGAGUGACACGAGUCACAAAGUGCGAGUGUAAAUUCCACUGGUGUUGUGCCGUCCGCUGCAAGGAAUGUGAGGACACAGUGGAUGUUCACACAUGUAAAGCACCGAAGCGGGCAGAGUGGCUUGACCAAACUUGAGACAGUGAUGGACAGAGCCAAUGAGGGAAAGUAAAACUGGCACAUUGCCACUCCGCAGGCCUGGGCAUUCUGGGAGUUGUAGUUCAACUGCAUGGCUUUUAUUUAUAUUUCUUCUGCAAAGCACUGAGGAGAAGAUUACAUAUCCCAUGGGGGAUAACCAACUCUUCUGUUCACGCAGCAGAACUCUUCCCAUUACUUUUUUAUUUUUAAAAAAGGAAUUUUCAAAAUGAAGCUGAAGUGCAAAAAUUGCUAUGCUUGGUGAAUACUGUGUGGAAAAUGGUGGGGGAAGAAAUUAGUUGCACAGGAGCACAAGAGACUGAGGAUCAGGUUUUGAUUUAGUUGGAGAACUAUGCCUCUAUCUAAUCAAUAUGUUUGGGCAAUAAAUUAUAAAAUGCGCCCACAGGUAAGAGAGGAGAAAACACCUUUAUGUCCACCUUGGAAGAAGGAAUUUCUCAAAGGAAUGGCUGUACAAUCCUAAGGAAGCUCCAUGAUCUGCUAAGAUCUUCCCUUAUACAAAAGUCAUCAUUCCAACAUGAUGGAUAACAGGUGAACAUGUACAAAUCGACCUUUAUCAUCUUUCCUCUCCAUCUGAAAAUGAACUUGGAGUUACAAAUUCUGUAGCCUGGUGGGGGGGGGAAAGAUCAGUCUAUCAGGAGAGGAGGAAGGAGAGUGGAAAGGCUGAGUGAUAUUUGUGUGUGUCUGUGUUCUCUGCCUGUGUCUAUGGACAUGCUGGUAGGUUCUAAGGAAACUAAUAUAACAGUGACCUUUUUUGUACAAACUCACUUGUACACUGUAUACACUGCUUUAAAUAUUUUAAAUGCCCCUCAAAGAAUAUAUAUACCUAUAUCAGAUAAAGAUAUUCCUUGCUUUGUGACUUUCUACAUUCAUAAAUAUAAUUAGGUGAGCAAUGGGAACAUUCAGACAUAUCUAAUCAAUCCAAAUCCAUAAUGUCUGUGCUUUGAACCUGCACAGUCAAACUAAAUUUCUGGAAGCCAAAGACAAUAUCUCAGCAUUUUGAUAUUACCCAGAUAAUUAGUUGUAUAGUUUUUUGUGAGUUUUUCAGGCUAUGUGGCCAUGUUCCAGAACAUGGCCACAUAGCCCAAAAAAACCCACAAAAAACUAUGGAUGCCAGUCUUGAAAGCCUUCGAUUUCAAAUUAGUUGUAUAAUUUGCAACUGUUCCCUUCCCACUUACCCUGUGCACAAUCUUUGUUUCCCCUUUUCUGUGACAUCAUCUUCCUUUUGAACUUUUGUCUUUUUCACCAGCCUGAAAUGCAAUUCUAAGAGAUGGGCCUCUAGUCAGAUUGUAUAGUUUGCAGCCAUUUGUUUCUGUCCAGCUUCAUUGUCCCUCCUAGGUCCUUUUUGUGGACCAGGCAAAAUCAAAUCUCUAAUGCACCCCAAAAAAGCAUACAUAAUCACUAGGGACAUCUCCUGUAAUCACAUAAAGCUGCUGAGCUUUAGUUUGCUUUUUUUUUUUUUUCAGAUUAAAAUUUCCAGACUCUUCUAGCCAAUAGAGAAAAUUUUAGUCAUUUUAGUAAAAAAAUAAAAUAAAAUAAAAAGUUUUAUACCUAAAGUGUGAUGAUCCCAUCUGACAGAGAAAGCCAACUGUUGAGCCAAGUACAGAGUGGUCCUCUAGAAUGCACAGCCUCUUCUGUUCAUCCAGUACAGUAUUCAUAUUUUCACACUAGUGAGUAUUUGGGUCUGGGAAAAUGGGUGUGUGAGAAUCCCUUUUGAAAACCUGGCUAUAAAGGUACAAACUAGCCCAGGGAUCAGUGUUUCAUGCCACAUAAUCUCACAAUUUGAUGAUAACUGAGUAAAUUUUAUAACAACAUUUCCCAAGAUGCAAUCACAAAGGUUCCAAGUGCUCUUAUAAUUUUCAGAAGCUCAGCAGAAAGCAAUGAGUCAAGAUCGUAUGUAGCCUACGCAGUUAUAACAGUUUGAUAUGUGGGAUUUGUAGUUUGGUGAGGUAUUUAGAAUUCUGUGUUAGAAUGCUCUAGUACUUUCCCCCUAAACUACAGGAUGGAUCUCUCUAGUAGAUAAUACUAAGUAUCUCACUGAAUUGCAAAUCCCAGGAUUUCAUAGGAUAGAAUUAUGACAGCUAAAAUGUUACCACUGCUACUACUGCAACUACUACUAUAUAGUAUUGAUGGACUUUGUCAUUGAAUUCAGAGAAUCAUUGCAUGGCACGCCCAUGCUACACAGCAUUGCCAUAUUUGUUCAAUCAACAUCAAUAUGAAAACCUAACUGUUGGCACUACCGAUCUCUGGUAUCUACAAGAGUAAGCAACUGUUGAAGACUGGAGUGCUGCACAUACUUCCCUCAUUUUCUUCUAAUGCCCUCUCCCAAAGCUCACUAGGGGGCAUAUGGUCAAUUUCAUCACAUUUUAGUUGAUGUCUUGGUCACUUACUGUUAGAAAAGAAGAUUUUUUUCCUAGGCCUAAAAUGGAAUCAGGAGUAGAAACACGGCAAAGUUGCUUCCCACACUCUUAGGUCAUGGAGGCUACCCAAAAAAAAUAAUCUCUGGGGCUACACCUGACCCAUGGGCCAGUUUCCUCACUCCUGUUCUACAAUCUGUAUGUUAUCUUCAGAUCCAAUAUUAUUUGAAAAUUCUGCAACAAUGCUUGCCUAGAAAAGACCCAACAGUAUGGUGCUCAUGCUGAUUGGUUCUAUGCACACCUUUCCAGAAGUAGGUUCUAAUGAGCUAGAUGAGUCUUAUACUCAAGAUAAUGUCCAGACUAGCAUUGCAAUACAGUAUAAAUGACACCUUUCAUUAUGGCUAAUAGCUUCUGGGGAACAGUUGAAAGUGCAAGGCACAUGACAUUCCUUCUAGCUUAUCCUUUAAUACUGUAUGACAGGUUAUUCCAUGAGUUCAAAAGAUGUUUGAACCCACAAAGUUCAUGUCCAAACUCAAUGCUUUCUUCAUUGCACAUUAUUCUUUUAGCAUGGACGGUGGCUUAAUUGUAGACCACACACUUUGUAUUCCAAUAGUCCCAGGUCCAGUCCUCAGCAUCUCAAAAAAGGAAUGGGAGAAGCUGUUAUUUGAACCCUUCGAGAACCCUACAUAAUCAGGAACUGAACUAGGCAAAGAAAUGAAGUGAACCAGUCUAAGAAAGUCUGCUUUCUGUGUUCUGGUCCUUGGACUUCUAAAUGGUUAUUUGCUCUCUGAUGAAGGAUUAGAGCUGAAGAUCAUGGCCCUUGAUAACCUACAGAUUUUAGACAACACAGUAGCCUUUUGCCUACCAUGGGACAACCACAGCGAUCAGUAAUUAUCGAUUUUUAGCUGUACCUAUCAAUGUCUAUAUCUGGGGCAAGGUCCUAAUUUUUUGCUAAGCAGUGGUUCUACACAAAUUCAAAAUUUGCCUCUUUACAUUGUACACACAUGCGCACGCGCACACACACACAUAUCUGCAGCAGGCAAAAAAAAGAAUCCAAUAGAAUGGGAAGUGAAUAACAGUCCACUUUUUAGGGCGCUGAUGACAGAAUCCAAGUUCUCAGUGCUCAAAUGGGGGGGGGGGGAAUUGAUAAGCUCUUGCCAGCUGAUAGUGAUUAAAUUACAAGUCUACAUAAAGCAGACUUCUCUAAAUUGCACUCACACCUUUAAAAUACCCUUUUAAUGGUGAAAUAAAACUGGAUCAUCAUUAGAUCAUCUCUUUAUCAAAUGUUUUGUUGAAAGGCUGCCAAGGUUUAUUGUGUGUAUGAAUAGGUACCUCUGCAAGAAUGGAACAAGUCUAAGAAAUAAAGAAAACUAACGACCCCCAGCUUUUCCAUUGUCUGGAUGGGAAAAGAACACAGACCUAAGAACAUGGUUCUCAGCUUCCAUGGUAACAAGCAGCUCAACUUUGAAACUUUCCCACCUUCACAAGAAGGUCAUCUCUCUGUUUUUUAUUGUAUUGGCACAGUUUGCCACUGGCUUAAAGAAGCUUUAAUGAGAGAACUAUUCAGUAUCAGGCAAUAGGAAGGACAGGGAAGCAGGAGGAGAACACAGCAAAAUACAGAUGAUGUCAGAUUUUUGGUUGAUAUAUGCAAAUGUGUCUCUCUAUCCUCAUCAUUUGUUUUGACUCUUAGAAUAUCAUAUACAGUAUCUCCAUAAAUCCUUGGUCUACUUGUAUCAUUAUUUUCACUGAAUUCUGUUGUGUACUCCUGAAUUCCAUACUGGACAUGUGAAUGACUUCUGAAACCCAAUUUUUGCCUGCUCUUAUUGACCUGCCUACACAUAAAUAUAAUAAGCAGUCUGAACACCCCAAAACAGUUUACAUGCAUUAUCUCAGUCAACCCCACAAACCUAACAAAAGGUCAGUCAGUAUUAUUAUCUCCAUAGUACAGAUCAGGAUCUCAGGCUGAAAUCUAGGUUGAGAGUGGUUGACCUAAAGCAAGAUGGGAAUAAUGUUGCCCUCCAGAUACUGGUCUGUAAGACUGGCUAAGGCUGCAGGGUGCAGCAACAGCUGGAGGGUUUCAUGACUCUCACCCCUUGCCUAGGGCCAUCUACCAGGUUCAAGAUGGUGGUAAGUUCUGAGCUUCCCAUAAGAUUUUGAUUAUUAUAUUUAAAAUAAAGAUGCAAGUUAGGCUUUGCAUUACAAAUGAAACAAAAUGAGCUUCAAUUAGUAUUACAAAAUUGAAAAGCAGUUAUUAAUAUUUAUGCCAAUGUUAUAUUUAAGCUGAUAAAAAUUAAUAAAU